AUGGAUUGCAGCAAAUUGGCAGAAAAUGGGACCCCUGAAUUAGGAAUGGAGUUCAACAGUGAAGAGGAUGCGUACAACUUUUACAACAAGUAUGCCUUUAAAAUGGGUUUCAGUGUACGUAAAGACUAUCUGAAUAAAGACAAAGACGGCGUGACCACGUCUAGGAGAUAUAGUUGCUGCAAGGAAGGUGUGAAACACAAGUACGAAGGUGAUGUGAUGCCAAAGAGGACACGAGCGCCGACGAAAACAGGGUGUGGAGCUAAGAUGGUUAUCGUGUUGUUUAGAGGGACAAUGAAGUACCGUGUGCAUGACCUUGUCUUAGAGCAUAAUCAUGAGUUGCACAUUGCUCAAUGUGCUCAUAUGAUGCCAUCACAAAGAAAAGUGAGUGUGGCUCAAGGAUUCCAAGCUGAAAUAAGCGAGGAUGCUGGGCUUUCAUUGAAACAGAGCCAUGAGCUUAUGGGAACGGAAGCAGGUGGGAUGGGAAUGUUAAUUGACUACAACAUUUUUGGAGACGUAGUCACAUUCGACACAACCUACAAAACAAAUAAAGAAUACCGGCCACUUGGAGUAUUUGUGGGUUUUAACCAGCAUAGGCAAAUUGUGAUAUUCGGUGCUGCCCUUAUGUAUGAUGAGACGAUAGAUUCUUUCAAAUGGGUGUUUGGUACAUUUUUAGAAGCAAUGUGCGGAAAACAUCCAAGUACCAUACUAACCGACCAAGAUCACGCCAUGACAGCCGCUCUUUCAAUUGUCAUGCCUGAAACAUUUCACGGUCUAUGUACGUUUCACAUAAGGCGUAAUUUUAUGAAACAUCUUGGCAAUCACUACAAGAAAAAUAGUGAUCUUCCAUACAUGUUUGGUGCCUGCAUGUAUGAGUUUGAAGAAGUGGAACAAUUCAAUAGGGUGUGGGAGGCGAUGGUGAAGAAACACAAUCUUGAAAAUAAUGAAUGGCUCUCAGGGUUGUACAAAAUUCGUGAUAAAUGGGCAAGGUGCAUGAUGAAAGAAAGAUGGACCGCGGGAAUGCGAAGCACCCAACUCAGCGAAAGCCUAAAUGCAGCAAUUAAAAAUCAUUUGAAACUGGAUCAUGACCUUGUGCAGUUCUUUAGACAUUUCAAUCGGGUGGUUGAUGAAAAGAGACAUAAUGAACUGAUCGCAGAAUAUGAAAUGAGGCAUAAGCUCCCCAUGGUAGGGUUAAGGCAAACACCUAUGCUUGUGCAUGCAUCAGAGACGUAUUCACCAACCGUAUUUGUUGCAUUCCAAAAUGAAUAUGGCGAGUCAACAGCUAUGGUUAUAUUGAGACAACAAGAUGCAGCGAUGUUUGUGGAGUUUGCGGUCAUGAGGUAUGAUGGAGGACCUGAAAGAAUAGUAGUAUUCAAUCGGAAUGAUCUAAGUGUACGUUGCAGUUGCAAAAAAUACGAGAAUGAAGGCAUUUUAUGUGGGCACGCAUUGAAGGUGUUUGAUACCGUGGGCAUAAAAAUAAUUCCUCCUGAAUACAUUAAGAGGCGAUGGACAAAAAGAGCUCGGGCUGGAGACUGUUUUGAUCGGCGAGGACAGGAAGUUGUGGCUGAUCCUAAAGUCAUGAUUUCAACUCGUUAUCGGGAGCUCGCUCCGGCCAUGAUUAAGGUCGCAACUCGAGCAGCAAUGUCGGAGGACACCAGCAAAGUAGCAAUCACUGUCAUAUCCGAUUUGUCAAAGAGAGUUGAGCUCCUCCUCUCAGAAAGCGAAGAGCAACCUUUGCAAAAUCAAAAAAAUUUGAAUAUGGAGGAACGAGAUAAAAUUGAAAUUGUAAAUGAAAUGGGGGAGGCAGUAGUCGCAAGAGGCAUUAAAAAACGAGGCGGUGGGAAGAAAAGUAGAGUGAUGCGAAGUUGGGUCGAUAAAUUUGACAGAGUAAAAAGAAAAUCUAGAUUAUCAAGGACUACACAGACUACGGUCUCAGAAUCGGAGCCGACAUCGAUUUCAUUUGAAGAAUACAUGUUUAUGGGAUGCCGUUCAUCUACUGACUCUGUUUCGACGCAUUCAAUGAGUCAGACAGUGAAUGGCCCUCCAAAUGCUGUUGCUCCCGAUAUCGAUGAAAGUCAAACGGUCCACCGUUUGGCUAAUCAGGGGCCUCCUGCAAGUGUCCCUACAGAAUGGAUGCAUCCCAGAUUUUCUAUUUUUUCCAAGCAUAACUCCGUCAGAGAUGUUUUAAUGGAGGAGCGUGGGGCAAUUUCAACACACUGUGAUGUUGAUGCAUAUCAUGUAUUUGCACCAUCACCUCAGGAAAGAAAUAACACACAGGGAUUGCAACUACGCGUUGACGUCGCCUCCCCCCAAAAUGAGGUUGAUGAAUGA